UUUUAAGUCCCAGAUCCUUGAUACUCAGAGAACAGAGUGAAAGGGAGCAAGAGCGAAAUGGAAAAUGGGGAAGACGUGAUUUCAAGCUCAGCUCCAGAGCUAGCCCCUGCUCUCCAAAAGAAGAGAAAGUGCACCACAAUCAAGUUUGUUGUCGCUGCCAUGGCCAUUGGACUUUUACUGUACCUCUGCUUGAGUGACUCAGGAGAUGAGGGACGAUGUAAUCUUUUUCAUGGACAGUGGAUCCCAAACCGUUCAGGUCCAUCCUACAAUAAUGCAAGCUGUAAAUUCAUCGAUGAUUCGGACAAUUGUCUGAGAAAUGGACGACCUGAUAGUCAUUAUCUUUACUGGAGAUGGAAACCAUACCAUUGUGAUCUACCUCCAUUCGAUCCUGUUGUGUUCAUGAACAGGAUGCGGCAUAAAUCUUGGGCAGCGAUUGGUGACUCAAUUCUCCGCAACCAGAUGCAGUCACUGAUUUGUCUAGUUUCUGAGGUAGAAGAACCUAUUGAGAUCUAUCACGACAAGUCAUAUAAAGCCCGGACAUUUUACUUCCCCAACCACAACUUCACCAUUGCAACCAAAUGGGCUCCUUUCCUCGUCAAAGCUGUGUUCAAUGAAAACGAGGAUGGAAAAGAUAACAGCACCAUCCAACUUUUUCUUGACAUUCUAGAAGCUAGUUGGACUAAUGAUUACCACAAAUACGACUAUAUACUAAUAGCCGGAGGUCAGUGGUUUCUCAAAACUACAGUCGCGUGGGAAAAUAACUCUGUUAUCGGCUGCCACAACUGUGGAACAAAGAACCUUAAAGAACUUGGUGUAUAUGAACCUUAUCGCAAAGCCCUUCAGCAUGUAUUUGAUUACAUCACUUCAUCAGAUCACAAGCCAUUUGUCGUUUUUAGGACAUGGUCACCUGAUCAUUUUGAGUAUGGAGAGUGGUACAAUGGAGGGAUUUGUAACCGAUCAGAGCCAUAUAGAGAAGGUCAAUUUAAUGGUUCCCCGAAUGAUCAUAAUAUGAAAAAAAUUGAGGUGGAGGAGUAUGACAAGGCUAAGGUUGUUGCAUCCAAAAGAGGGAUUCAGUUGGAACUUCUUGAUAUUUUUCAUCUUUCAUUGCUUCGACCAGAUGGGCAUCCUGGCCCUUAUAGGAGAUUUGAUCCGUUUCAUGGGAAUAAGAGUGCGAAAGUACAGAAUGACUGCCUUCACUGGUGUGUGCCCGGGCCUGUAGAUACUUGGAAUGAUUUAAUGAUGAAGAUACUGUCAAAAUCAGGGGCUUUGAAUUUGUUGACAUCAUAUGAGAAGCCUCUCCAAGGUCUUGAACUCCUCUAUUUUCAGUGAUUCGAAGUAAAUCUAAGUAAAAAUCUGCAUGUAAUAUGUACCAUCUGUGGUAGUGUACUUCUGUAUAUCCACGUAUUAUGAAUGUAUUAUGAAUGGACUCCUUCAAUGUAAAUUUGUGGCCUUAUUGCUAGAAUUCUGCUAAUACUUCCGACUGGUCGCCCUUGUCGUAGUAUAGAGAUGUAUGAGAUGCAAUGGACACUUCUAUUGGUAGAAAUUUAUGUAUAUUGAUCAAAGGUUUCCAUGCUAUAAUAGUGGAGACCUUUUGAGUGAUUACUGUUCAAUAGCA